AUUGCUUUGAAGAUCAGUCGCUGCGAGACGAUCGGUUAUAAAGGUAAAGGAGCGAAACGACGAGUGUGUGUUUGAAGUUAAAACGAGAGUAAAUCCGAUAAAAUUAAAUAACAAAGUAGCAGCUCCGAAAAAGCGUAAAAAAAAAACAAAUUAAACGAAAAAAAAUUAAUCAGUCGAAUAAUCUGCGCCACUAAAAAAGCCUUUUCUCCUGGACCCCGAAUCCCUCGUUAGGCGAUGAUAAUUGCUCGAAAAUUUUGGGAUAAAAAUCGAAAAGUCCAGGCUCGACGUUGAGGAAAAAAAUUAUUGAAAAUUGUACCGAAACGUGGAUCGCGGCUGCGGAAUAAAAUUUUUCGUUUUCUAGAGCGUUUCCGUCACGACGAUUUUUCGUCCCGGGGCCGGGAGAUCUCGAUCGAUAGACGAGACCAACGAAUAUUCCUUUGCAUCGGUACACUGGGAUUUAAAAAAAAAAAAAAAAAAAAACAAAAAAAACAAAAAGAAAUAGAAAAAAAAAUAAUUAAAAAGGGUAGAAAAAGCUGCGGAGAACGAGGGGGCGAAAAAUUACUAUGAUUUUACAGAACAGACUUGGAGCAUGAUGCUGGAUAGCGAUGUCCCGGGCAUCAACGAGUUGAGUAUCUCCCCGAGGAAGCAGCUAUGGAUCAAAGCGGUGAAGAAGCUGACGUCGGAGAGAUUGGGUCGUGAGGGUUUGGCAGCUUGGGUCGGAGCCCCAAAGGCUCAUGCUGACCAGGAGGACAUCGAAGAAAUAGAAGAAAACGAUAUUCCAGAUGUACAGGAUGACGUUAUCGAAAACGAGAUUACCCUCGUAUUGCCAUCGCGAGAUGCUGUUUACGAAGAACCACGUGAGACUGAGAAAGAGCCACCGCCUCAAAAAGAAAACGUUUCUGAGGUCUUCAAAAAGGGAGUCUUGUACAAGGGCAUCUUCUGCCCGUCACUCACCAACAGUUUUCAUAGCCAACAACUCGAAAAAUCUUAUUUGCAAUAUUCUAAUCGUCAGAGACAAAAAUCACUGAUUAUGCUUAACGUCGUCGAUCUUGGUCUCAAGAUCGCUCUGAUAACGAUUUGGGUCUCGAGACGACGCGAGGAAGACACGGAUGGCCUUUUCGAACCUCUGGCUUGGGCGCUCUGUUGCAUGGCAGCAAAUUUAAUUGUUUGUGCUCUUGGCUGGUGGCGAUGGUUCUCCAACAAUUAUUUGUACUGGGCCUCCAUAUUCACUUGGCUUUUAAUCAAUACUCAAGGUUUCGUUGGUGCUGGCUUGAACUUUUCGACGCAACAGCGUCUCAUGUGGUACAUUUUAUUCGUUGUUUAUGCGCCCUACGCAAUGCUCCCAUUGCCACUCAGAUGGUGCGUUCUCGCCGGUUCUGGUACAGCUCUCACUCACAUGGCAAUGACGAUAGCGACGCUUGUCACAGAAUCCGAUUACAAUAUCGUGUGCAUAGUCCGCAUGUUAACGACGAACGUGCUGCUGUACGUGGCUGUGAAUCUAUCCGGAAUGUACACAAAGUAUUUGACUGACAGAGGCCAGCGUCAAGCAUUUUUGGAGACUCACAGAUCGAUGGAAACUCGUCAAAGAACCCAGAACGAGAAUAAUCGUCAGGAGAAGCUGCUGCUUUCCGUCCUGCCCGAUUUCGUCGCCAAGGAAAUGAUCAUGGACAUCGCACGUGAGACUGCCAGGGGUGGAACCAUUUCAUUCACACCGAACCAGUUCCACAGAAUCUACAUCCAUCGGUACGAGAACGUGAGCAUACUUUUCGCCGACAUCAAAGGAUUUACGGCCCUGGCGAGUCAGUGCAGCGCUCAAGAACUGGUGCGAGUUCUCAACGACCUUUUCGCACGUUUCGACAAACUCUCGGCCGAAAAUCACUGCCUCAGGAUAAAACUCCUCGGGGACUGUUACUACUGCGUUUCCGGUCUGCCAACAGCGAGGGCCGACCAUGCCCACUGCUGCGUCGAGAUGGGAUUGUACAUGAUAAAAGCUAUUCGGGAUGUUCGAUACACUACAAAGGUCGAUCUCAACAUGAGGAUAGGAAUUCACAGCGGCUCCGUUCUCUGUGGCGUUCUUGGCUUGAGGAAGUGGCAAUUUGACGUUUGGUCGUACGACGUCACCCUGGCAAACCACCUGGAAAGCGGGGGAGUUCCAGGAAGAGUUCACAUUUCCGCAGACACUUUGAACUGCCUUAACGACGUGUACGAGGUCGAGCCCGGCAACGGAACGGAACGAGACAACUACCUGAAAGAUCGGAAGGUCGUCACGUAUUUGAUAAAGCAGAUCGAGCCGCAGCGUUACAAACGUCGACAAUCGGCGAAACCGAAAGUCUGGUCCGAGGACGAAACCGGCAACAAAACGAAGAAAAGUUUCAAAAUCAACAAUCCGCUCUCGUCCAGCGAAAAGACGACGAACAACGACGACGACAUCGGCGGGGAUUGGACCCCUGAAAUCCCCUUCGAAAAUCUGAAUAGCGCAACUUCGGUGAGCAAUUUGGAAUCGGAUUAUUACGAGGAGGACAACGGUUCGUCGAAAGGUACAAAAACUCCACUGACCGGCGAGACGGUGAGCAACAAACGGAUGAGGCUGGCAAACAUAAAUCGUUGGAGUUUGCGUUACAAUGACGAGAGCUUGGAAUCGAAGUUUUGCCAGCUUCGCGAGGACAUGUUCAAGUCGAACAUGACGUGCUGCUUCGUCAUCUGGCUCUUCUUAGCUGUUUGCCAAGCCGUUAUUUUGCCAGACUGUACGAUCCUCCUUCUGUCGCUCCUGUUCACGACGAUAGUUUUGGUGGCAUGUUCGAUUCUGGUGAUGGCAGAGGAGUUCAAGGGGUUGCCUCGGUAUUUGCAGCACUCGUCAGCGAUGUUGGUGCACAACAAGCGUCACCGAACGAUAUUUAUAUGCAGCGUGAUAAGUUUGAUGGCACUGACAUCGGUGAUAAGCGUUUUGGCAUGUUCGAGAUCGGAGGUUGGGAACGAGAAGCCAAUUUACGACGAGUUGGUAUCGUCGUCGCGCACGGAGAAUCCUUUGGAAGUCGGUGGUGUCACGAGUUCCACGAGUUUGGAUGAGCUGAUGUUGAAUUUUCUGCAAGUUGCAUUGCGCGACGAGGCGGAAACAAAGGAGAAGGAAAAGAAGGGGGCUUCGAAAAAUCGGACACGAGAAUCGAGCAGCAACCUCGAGGUUAAACUGACCCGAUUCGACGAGCUGCCGCGCGGCGGCAGCACCAGCCGCCGAGAAUUCUUCCGCUUUUGGCGCUACGAAAAGCGCUUCGGAGCUGAACGACGACACCACAAAAAAUUCGCCCGACGACAACACGAGAGCAGCCUCAGAACCAGGAAAAUUUUUUCCACUCACGAUGAAAAUCACAAUUUCACUGAAAAUACUACGACGAACGAUCAUUUUCCAAACGCCAACUGCCUCAGAUCGGAGUACAUCGUCUUCACCUGGAUCCUUUGCCUCAUCGCACUCGCGUCCGCUCUCAAACUCUAUUAUCUCGUUAAAACUGCUCUCGCUACCAUCAUCGUUCUCAUGUACGCUGCUCUCAUACUUUUUGGAUGCCAAAAUCUCUUUCUCAGUGAUAUCGAAUACAGCAAUGUAACUGCGAUACCCUUGUCAGCGCAGAUGCUCAUAUUCCUCGUGGUUUUUCUUGUGAUGGUAACUUAUCACGGGCGGCUCGUCGAGGUGACCUCGCGUCUCGAUUUUCUCUGGAAGCAGCAGGCGGAACGCGAGCUCGGCGACAUGAUAGAAUCGAAGCACAACAACAUGCAACUCUUGAAGAAUAUUCUGCCGGAUCACGUGGCGCAUCAUUUCCUGACGCAGGAGCGUCCGCCGGAAGAAUUGUACUCCCAGUCACGCGACAAAGUCGGCGUGAUGUUCGCGAGUGUACCAAACUUCACGGAAUUCUAUUCCGAGGACGUCAACAAGGGAAUGGAAUGCAUCCGACUGCUGAACGAAAUCAUCGCAGACUUUGACGAACUCCUCGACGAACCACCUUUCCACUGCAUCGAGAAAAUAAAAACCGUCGGCGCCACCUACAUGGCUGCUUCCGGCUUGAACCCCUGUUCGAACGAGCAGAAAGACGACAAAGACCAUUUGUGCAGAUUGGUGGAUUACGCGGUAGCGAUGAGGCUCCGCCUGGAGGACGUGAACAUUCAUUCCUUCAACAACUUCGACCUCAGAGUCGGAAUCAGCUGCGGCCCAUUGGUCGGCGGUGUUAUCGGUGCUCGGAAACCAGUCUUCGACAUCUGGGGCAACACCGUGAACGAGGCGUCGCGGAUGGACUCCACAGGAGUCAUGGGCAAGAUCCAAGUGCCCAGAGACAUCGCCAGGUUUCUGGAGUCCCGUGGUUACCAGACGCAAAAGCGUGGCAUGAUCGAGGUGAAAGGGAAGGGAACGAUGGAGACGUACUUCGUGUUGGGUCGGAGCGAUGCACCAGCGGAGGGUGUUUCGAGGCACAGGAGCAACUGUCGUAGUUUGGCUGCAGUGGUAUACGGGGUUGUGCAAGCUCGUCGAAAGCAGAUGCGAGCCCUGAGAAGAACGUAAAAAGCAACCAAGAGAGUCGCGAAAGAAUCGACAGAAAAAGAGCAGAGAAAAAAAGCAUGAAAAAUAUGGUAAAAAAACGUCGAAAAACAAUACUGUGAUGGGACUUUUGGGUCUCGACGAUGCUGGAUAAACAAGAGAGCCAAAAAUUUUCGUGCAGAUUUGCAGGUCGAAUCUGUAUAACCGUAUAUUACAUCGUUAUAAUAAACACAAUUAAUCGAUCGUAAUGAACAUUCCUUCGAAAUUACAAUAAUAAUAAUUAAUAAUAAUAAUAAUAAUAAUAUAAUUACAAUGAUAAUAGAAAUAAUGAUAAAACGAGAUGUCAUUUGAUUCGAAUAAUCAUAAUAAGGCUACCUACAAUGAUCGCAAUAUGCCGAAUAAAACUGUACAGGUUAAUUACACAAUUACAUUAUUUAUCGAUAAUAUAUAAAUUACAUAUUCCA